AAUCACCCCAAUCACCGAAAGUCGCUCUCAUCAUAAUAACAGUCUGUUUUGACAUUUAAUUUCUUUACAAAUAUUCAUCAGUAAAACAAUCACAGAACUUGCAAUCAUUUGUUGUUUAGCUAUGGAUCUAUAUGACGACUUGGAUACCAAACAACGCCCCGGGCAAAUAGACGGUUGGUCACAAUCCUACCAAAUGCUACAGACUCAAUUAGCGUUGAAAAAGGCAACUGCAAAGCCGCCCGUACAAAGAGCGCCCCAAAAACGCGCCUCAAUGCUGACACCGGUUAUGGCACUAAAGUCCAAGAAAGACGAUGCAGACAUUUUCAAACCAGCAUUGAAGAGUCAUAGCAAUACAAUCAUAUCAACUCCGUCCAAUAAAGUGUUCAACGAAUACGAUUGGAAUGUCGUCGAUGAAUAUGAUCCUAUAUGGCCAAACGAAUACGAAAAGUUGGUCAAGGAGAAAAGGGACAAAGAAAGCGAAAAGACAAGAGGUCGAAAUAGUCGCAAAUCAACAAAUGUCCGCUUCGAGAACGAUUCACCUCCAACGAAAUUUCCAUCCGGCUUCGGUGGUCGACCGAAUGAUGAUGAGGAAAGUAUGUACGGUAAUAGAUCGCCCCCAUCUGGAUCACAGAGCCGAAGUGGUGGAGCAGCUAUCGCGCCGCCACCAUCACUCCAAGAUAGUACACCAAUUCUUCCUGCAGCAGCAUACACUUCGAAUUCAGAAAAACUGUCGGCGAAUAAUGUAUCGAGUGGCUAUGGAAGUAGUUCUGUCGCAGCAAAGAUCAUGGCAAAAUAUGGAUUCAAGGACGGUCAAGGACUGGGAAAACAAGAGCAAGGAAUGUCAAUUGCACUCCAAGUUGAAAAAACAUCGAAACGCGGCGGGCGAAUUAUACAUGAAAAGGAGUUAAUGUUACCACCAGCGAUGCCAAGCCCUCCACCACAAAUCCCACAGAUGAAAGAGCUUCCAACUAUUACGGAAAUCAUGAAAGACCCUAGCAAAGUGGUUCUGUUAAGGAACAUGGUUGGUCCAGGCGAUGUGGAUAAUGACCUCGAACCAGAAGUUAAAGACGAGUGUAAUACUAAAUAUGGUGAAGUUGUCUCGGUUAUCAUCAACGAACUAACCAACGUGGAACCAGAAGAGGCGGUGCGGAUAUUCGUUGAAUUUAAACGAAUUGAAAGUGCGACGAAAGCGGUUGUGGAUUUAAACGGAAGAUUUUUUGGGGGACGACAAGUGCGGGCAGGAUUUUUCAGCUAUGACAAAUAUAAAGCGUUUCAAUUGUACGACUGAAUGAAUGACAGAAGUGAAAUAAAAUGGAAAUGUAAAGAGA